AUGGAGACGGCCAAAGCUUGGCUGAAUAAGUUAAAAUCUAAAGACAAAGCGAAAUCCUCGAAAAAGAAGGAAGCCACAAGUAAUGUAAAGGAAGCACCGAGAACACCUGGAGGUGAAGAAGUACUGUCAAAUGUAACCAAGGAGAAAGCUGCUGCUGCGAAGCUAUAUAUUGAGAAUCAUUACAAAAUGCAAAUGCAGAGUCUUCAGGAAAGAAAGGAGCGACGCAAAAUGCUUGAGAAGAAAUUAGCUGCUGCGGAAGUCUCUGAGGAAGAGCAAAACAACUUGUUGAAGGAUUUGGAGUUGAAGGAAACUGAGUACAUGCGUCGUCAGAGGCAUAAAAUGGGAGCUGAUGACUUCGAGCCGUUGACAAUGAUUGGGAAGGGUGCAUUUGGAGAGGUUAGGAUCUGUAGGGAGAAGGGAACAGGCAAUGUCUACGCAAUGAAGAAGCUUAAGAAAUCUGAGAUGCUUCGCAGAGGACAGGUGGAACAUGUGAAAGCAGAGAGAAACUUACUUGCAGAAGUUGAUAGCAAUUGCAUUGUCAAACUGUAUUGUUCUUUCCAAGAUGAUGAGUAUUUGUAUCUCAUAAUGGAGUAUCUACCUGGUGGAGAUAUGAUGACUUUACUUAUGAGGAAAGACACUCUUACUGAAGAUGAAGCCAGGUUUUAUAUUGGAGAAACUGUCCUGGCUAUUGAGUCUAUUCAUAAGCACAACUAUAUCCACAGAGAUAUCAAGCCUGAUAAUCUUCUACUUGACAGAGAGGGCCACAUGAAAUUGUCAGAUUUUGGAUUAUGUAAACCAUUAGACUGUAGUAAUCUUCAGGAAAAAGAUUUCACAGUUGCAAGAAAUGUUAGUGGGGCUUUACAAAGUGAUGGACGCCCCGUGGCAACAAGACGCACCCAACAGGAGCAACUGCUAAACUGGCAGAGAAAUAGAAGGAUGCUUGCUUAUUCCACCGUUGGAACUCCUGACUAUAUUGCCCCAGAAGUUCUGCUGAAAAAAGGAUAUGGAAUGGAAUGUGAUUGGUGGUCUCUUGGCGCCAUUAUGUAUGAAAUGCUUGUAGGGUUUCCGCCAUUUUAUUCAGAUGACCCAAUGACAACUUGUAGAAAGAUAGUAAAUUGGAGAAAUUACUUGAAAUUCCCAGAAGAGGUUAAACUAUCACCAGAAGCCAAGGAUCUUAUUUGUAGGCUUCUAUGCAAUGUUGAACAAAGGCUUGGAACCAAAGGAGCAGAUGAAAUUAAGAACCACCCUUGGUUCAGAGGUACCGAGUGGGGAAAAUUGUACCAUAUGAAGGCUGCCUUCAUUCCUCAGGUCAAUGAUGAGUUGGACACCCAAAAUUUUGAGAAAUUUGAAGAGACUGACAAGCAAGUUCCAAAGUCAUCAAAGUCAGGUCCAUGGAGAAAGAUGCUCUCAUCCAAGGACAUAAACUUUGUGGGCUAUACUUACAAGAACGUUGAAAUCGUAAACGAUGACCAGUUACCAGGGAUAGCUGAGCUAAAGAAGAAGAGCAAUAAGCCAAAGCGGCCUUCGAUCAAAUCCCUCUUUGAGGAUGAAGCAUCUGGUGGCACAACAACAACAACACACCAAGGAAGCUUCUUGAAUCUGUUACCGACGCAGAUCGAAGAUCCUGAGAAAGAGGGCAGUAAAUCUAGCUCAUCCGGGUGA